GGUUCUUUUUGAGUGAGUGAGUCGUCUUCUUCGGCGACUGUUUGUUCACACCAUAUGGCCACUCGUCGGGACACCACGAGGCCGAGCCCUGCCGCACCCGGCCAGCUGUGGCGGACCACGGCGGAUGGGCUGUCGCGGGACGACUUCCGGCGGAUCAGCAUCCCGCGGGAAGCCAACGCGUCCAAGUCGAAACUGGAGUUGUUCUACGAGCUCUACUUCUACGGCCACAACCUCUUCGACUUCGCAAACGGCCAGAUGCCCAGAGCGGGCAAACCCGGGUAUGCUGACUACCAGGCCAUCCAAGCGUGCUCGCGAGCGAAGGACGUCAGGAGGCGUGUUCGGGGCGCACACAACCAGACGUGCCGCUGCCACUACUGCGACGGCACAGUCGACCCUCAGUAUCUCACCACGCUGCAAGUCAGGCGUCUGGUCGCCGACAGCCUCCGAGCACCCCCUCCCCCCACCCACAACCCGCCCCCCCCUGUCGCAAGUGGCGCUCCCCCGCCCCCUGCUGUCGCAAGCGGCGCUCCCCCUGUUCACCCCCCGGCUGCCCACCCUCCAUCCGCGGGCGCUUCGCGCGCAGUUUUUCCUUCGACCUGGCAACCUCGCCCGCACAACAAUCGAUCAGUCUCUGCGUCUGUCCGUGCAGUGUGGAUCAGGGCUCCUUUGGCACUCCGGACCAGCGUUCUGAUGACUAUUGCUGCGGAAUUUAUCCCUCCUGCAAGGUGCAAUAUAUAUUCGGCUGCGCAUGGAUGGGAUUUAUGGCCUGGAUGGAUGACCGUGUUGGUUCAGUGUGGCAUUUUCCCUCAAAGAAUGCCCACGAGGGGUGGAAGGGUCGGGGGUUCAGUCAUGUGUCUGGAUGGAUUCGCUCUCGCUUGUCUAUCGCCCUCGCGCGUGCGACUAGCUUCUGUCUGCGUGGGGG